CAUUGUGAUUGUUUUGUAAUAUAUUGUAUACUAGAUAAUAUAUGAUGGCAUAGGUUCCCGUCUAUUACUAAUUUGGCACUCCCAGAUGUAGUAUAUUUAUAAACGGGAGACAGAAGGAGAAUGGCUCAGUGUGUCGUGCGCGGAAGUGUCGGGCAUUUCGCACGAUAUUCGGCUCAGUUCUCGCAAUUCACGGCGCGUACGCAUCCCUCGCAGCCGUCCCGCAACUCUGGCAUGCGCUACUUGUACAACAGUGGCUUCGAAGAAUUUAUGAUGGAAUGUGAUAACAGUUUUGAGAAAUGGCGCAAUUCUGCCCCGCAUUUCUAUUCAGUCCAGUCCCUCGACUUGAGCAGCAAAACCCGACAGUACUCGUUCGUGCAUAACAUCGACCCCAUAUCGGUGCGCGAAGGACCGCACAAGAACGCUGACGAUGUUUUAUUUGACAUGUUUAAGAAUGAAGACACGGGUCUCCUUCCCGUUGGAAAGUUUUUGGCCGCCCUGAGGACCACUGGCAUAAGGAAAAAUGAUAAUCGUGUAAAAGAAGUCAUGCAUAAUCUAUACAAGGUGCACAAAGAGUCCAACUUUGAAGGCGGUUCACCGGAGACAUUGAAACUAGACAGGAAGACCUUCAAAGAGGUGAUCGCACCUAACAUCGUCCUCAUCACGAGGGCGUUCCGCAGUCAAUUCGUAAUUCCAGACUUUCAAGAUUUUAUCAAAGACGUGGAAGAAAUGUACUGGGCUGCUAAAAGUAACACUGACGGUAAAGUGGCCAGCUACAUCCCGCAGCUCGCUAGGGCCAGCUCAGAGAACUGGGGUGUCAGCAUUUGUACUAUAGACGGUCAACGAUUUUCUAUCGGUGAUGUGACGGUUCCAUUCACUCUACAAUCGUGCAGCAAACCACUCACAUACGCGAUGGCACUUGAAACUCUAGGACCCGACGUGGUACACAAAUAUGUUGGCACGGAGCCCAGCGGCCGCAACUUCAAUGAACUCGUUCUGGAUUAUAACAUGAAGCCACAUAACCCGAUGAUAAACGCGGGAGCAAUUCUAGUAUGCUCAUUAUUGAAGACCUUGGACCGGCCCGAGAUGACUCUCGCUGAAAAGUUUGAUUACGUCAUGUCGUUCUUUAGUCGGCUUGCAGGCAACGAAAGCCUUGGUUUCAACAAUGCAGUAUUUUUAUCUGAACGCGAAGCUGCCGACAGAAACUAUGCACUUGGCUUCUACAUGCGAGAGCAUAAAUGUUAUCCGGAAAAAACUAAUUUCCGUGAAUGUAUGGACUUCUAUUUCCAGUGUUGCUCAAUGGAAGCCAACUGCGACAUCAUGUCUAUUAUGGCUGCUACUCUGGCCAAUGGUGGUAUCUGUCCCAUCACAGAUGAAAAGGUACUACGGCCCGACUCGGUACGCAACGUGCUUUCUCUGAUGCAUAGCUGUGGAAUGUACGACUACUCAGGACAGUUUGCAUUCAAAGUGGGACUUCCUGCAAAGUCUGGCGUAUCUGGUGCUAUGCUCAUAGUUGUCCCCAAUGUUAUGGGUAUUUGCACAUGGUCGCCACCUUUGGACCCUCUGGGAAACAGCUGCCGAGGCUUGCAAUUCUGUGAUGACAUGAUUAAGAGGUUCAACUUCCACAAGUACGAUAACAUUCGUUACGCCAGCCACAAGAAGGAUCCUCGUCGGUACAAGUUCGAGUCUGCGGGUCUCAACAUUGUCAACCUCUUGUUCUCGGCUGCUAGUGGUGAUCUUAGCGCUCUACGACGCCACCACCUCUCCGGUAUGGACAUGACUCUGUCGGACUACGACGGUCGCACUGCGCUACAUCUGGCAGCUGCAGAGGGUCACCUAUCCUGCGUAGACUUCCUGCUCGCUCAGUGCGGAGUUCCACACGACCCUCGCGAUCGCUGGGGCAGCCGACCACUUAACGAGGCCGAGACCUUCGGACACACCGCUGUCGUACAAUAUUUGAAGGAAUGGGAGCAGACGCACCCUACCGACAAAACCGUGGGCGCAGCUGCAGGCGCGUCAGAUGUCGAUGACAUAUUGAAAGUUAAACCAGACGCAGAUGACGCUGUUAAAGACCCCAGCAUCCAGGAGAUUGUAUCCAGGAAUGGAGACAAAGUGCAAUAGAAUCUCUACUGGGAUGAUGUAAUGAGAUGAUCUCGUGACUAUGCGUCACAAAAUAGUUUUUGAAGGUGACUCCGCAUUGUGUGCAGAUUAUGUUUCUUUCUGUAGCAGUUAUGUGAACAUAAGAAAAGUUGCUAAUAGAAAUAAAAACGCAUGAUUCAUAGAAUGCAGAGCUGAUCUUAAAGGAAAGAAAAUCAAGUCCUACGUAUCUAUUUGUAGAUACGGUUAAGGGUAUGUGUUAUCGCCCAAAACAUAUUUAUUUAAGUAGAAAAUAUUGCAUUUUACGUUAGGACAGCUUUGGCCGUGAAUAUUUUCAAAUGUCCUCAUGAAAUUAUACCUGGCUUUUAGAAGGUAUUUUAUACCGAUAUUUACAAAAUAACUCUACAAUUAUGAGAAUUUGUGUACAUGAGUAUGGUUCGAAGAAGUAAAUGCUUUGAUAUGGAAGUUAUUCAGCACUAAGCUCAAGGGUGUGAUAUUAAAGUAACAUGGAAGCACAAGGCAACAUCUGGUGAGGAGUGAACAACGGGAGAGAUGCUUAGAGAAAUUAACUAGUCUGCUGAGAACUUGAGAAGAUUGGCUAAACAAAACUGUGUGCAUUUUGUGUGAAAUGUAAUCUCUUUCAUAGAUUAUUUUAAAUUGUGAAGAUUUUAUGCAAUAUGUAUUCAUAAGUAGGUAGUGUGUAGCUACUGAUUUUAGAGAAAUUUAUUAGAUAAAAUACAUAAAUAGGCAUGUACAUUAACCAUGGUAUCUCAGUGUUAAUCUCUCUACUAAUCGUCUAUCUUUAAGCAUCUGAUUGUAAUAAAAAUAACUCCCAAAACUGUAUUUUUAACAUUCCAUAUGAUAUAAAUGACAGGCUUGCUGUACCAGGAACAAUCAAGUGUUUAUUCUAGAAGAAUAUAAAAACUUGAAGGAAUGUUAAAAAUUAUUAAUUAAAUAAUAAUGUUAAUAAAUAUAAGUUAUCACUUAUAUUCUGACAAUAAAUAGGAGCUAUUCUAUGCCAUUAUUGAUGUUGUCCAAAUGUUUGUCAAUUAAAU